AUGAAGACAAAUGACUGGGAGGACAUCAAACCAGUGUGGCAGGAGUAUGCCCAGGAACAGUUCGGUGCCGGAGCACGGGAAGGUGGCCAACAGAUGAAGGGAGGUCGCAAGAGAAUCCAAAAACCAGCCUUUGAGCUCGACACUGACGAGGAUGGGAUGCCGUUGCUUCUGGACAUCACCAAAACAAAACUCGAGGAGAAGAAGGCCAUAGUCAGGGCUUUCUCACAUCGCACUAUCAUGAGUCAAUCCUUGCUACAUCCGGGACAUUGUUGA